AUGCUCCGCGAUAUGAGAGGGCCCAGUACAGAGAGUUCAGCUCACAGAUUCCGAAUGAUGCAGCUCGCCCUCAACGCAGUAGCGCUGCUGGCGAUCACUGGCGCCCUCUUCGCGUACUUCAGAGCAAACCCGGCUGUACAGGUAAUGUACGUGUCGCAAGUGGUGAAUCGCUCCACUGUUGUGACCUGGCCGGCGCCGACCGAGCCGCCCGGCGCGCGCAACCCCGCGCCCGGCGUGUGCCUGCCCGUCAUCGUCAGUUUCUGCCACCAGCACAGAAUCUCUUACAACUUCACCGUCUUCCCCAAUUAUAUUGGACACUUUGGCCAGCGGGACGCUCAGCAGGAUUUAGAGAUCUACGACGCAGUUGUCGACGUGCGCUGCUACGAGCUGACAGCACUGUUUCUGUGCUCUCUGUUUGUCCCCAAAUGUGGACCACUGGGCCACAUGGUGCGGCCCUGCAGGAGCCUGUGUCAAGAAACAAUGCGUCGCUGCGGCUUCUUUCUCGAAGUGUUCGGUCUGUCCAUGCCGGACUAUCUCCAAUGCGAUAUAUUUCCGGAGUCCACAGACACCGACGUGUGUCUGGGGAAUAAGGAAGUGAAGGACGCGAAGCUGAGAGCUGCUAAACCAGUCUGCCAAUCCGGGUUCCAAUGCGACACGAACCGCUGCAUCCCGCACGACUGGCGCUGCGACGGGCACGUCGACUGCGCCGAUAGAUCCGACGAGUUGAACUGUCGCGUCUGCAAGAGAUCCGGCGACGUACACUGCGGCAACCAGCGGUGCAUAUCGCAGGCGCAUUUGUGUGAUGGGAAAGUGGACUGUCCGUGGGGGCAGGACGAGCGAAAUUGCUUACGACUAAGCGAGUCGAACGGCGACGUGGGGGCCGGUGAGGUGCAGGUGUACCGCGCGGCGAACCAGUCCUGGUUCCCCGCGUGCCUGGCUGCGGCGCCGCUGGACCGAGACACCGCUGCUGAAAUCUGCUCCAUGCUUGGAUAUACAAUCGUAAACAAGAGCAGAGUUAUCGGAGGAGCAGCCAGAGCUGGUCGGACGCACCCGCUAACUCCAAACGCCCUGCAGGCGGGGCAGUCCCUCAUCCACGGAGUAGCCCAGUCGUACAGAGCCUUCCAAAGAAGUGAGGGGGGCUUGCUGCGCGAACUCAAGGAUUGCAGACACGACUCUAAGAAGAUACACCUUAUUUGUAAUAACUAUGAAUGCGGAAAGCGUAGAACCAUAGCAUCAGCGACUAAAAGAAUAGUGGGUGGCGUGGAGGCGUCGCCCGGAGACUGGCCCUUCCUCGCAGCGAUCCUCGGCGGGCCGGAGGAGGUGUUCUACUGCGCGGGGGUGCUGGUGGCCGACCAGUGGGUACUCACUGCCUCGCACUGUGUUGGCAAUCACUCAGAUGUAAAUGGCUGGACCAUACAACUGGGAAUCACGCGUCGGCGGUCUCACGCGUACUAUGGGCAGAAGGUAAAAGUGAGGAGAGUCGUCCCCCAUCCGCUGUACAACGUGGGCGUCGCUCACGACAACGACAUCGCACUGUUUCAGUUGGCAGUGCGAGUCCGCUACCACGAGCACCUAUCCCCAGUUUGCUUGCCCCCUGCGCGGCGAGCGUUGCAACCUGGUACACUGUGUACCGUCAUCGGCUGGGGAAAGCGGACUGAUAAGGACAUGUCAGAAUAUGAGCCGGCGGUAAACGAAGUAGAAGUCCCAGUUCUGAACCGAGAUCUGUGCAACCAGUGGCUGGAGCAUCGCGACCUCAACGUCACCGAGGGGAUGAUCUGCGCCGGCUACCCGGAGGGCGGCAAGGACGCUUGCCAGGGGGACUCUGGCGGCCCUCUCCUCUGCAAGGAUCCGGAUGACCAAUCGCGCUGGUACGUGGGAGGUAUCGUAUCUUGGGGUAUAAAGUGCGCGCAUCCGCGUCUACCCGGCGUCUACGCGUACGUGCCUAAAUAUAUCCCAUGGAUUCAAAAGCAGAUCAAACUAUACAAUGACGAAAAUGCCCCAUCAGAACCCGACAUCUGAGGCAUCCACGGAUAGAGGAAUAAUCGUAAACGCAACUCUGCUAACAAAGUGUAAAAGCUUUUGUUAAAUGUCUUAUAAUUGUGUAAUGAUUGAUAUAUUUUUGUACGAAAAGAAAGUGGUCUGUAAAUUUCAAUUACAGGUUUUAUAGUUAUUUUUAAAUUUAAAUUUUACACAAUUUUAUGAUCGCAUGUAUUUUGGAAUAUAAAUGCAAGUUUGUUUAUUUGGAAAAUAGUAAUCAAUAAUAUUAACGGAUAUUUUGAUUAGGUUUCUCUUAAUUUGACAAAUAUGCUCAUGGAUUUGUAUUUGUUAUUUAUAUAUUGUUAUUAAUCAAGGUUUAUUUUAUAAAGAGUGGUGAUAAUAUUUACCAAAAUUAAUAUUUAUUAACAGAGUUGCGAAUUCAAAGGAAAUUGAGACAAUAAAAUUCGAUUAGCGACAAUAAAUGUUUAUGAAAGAUAAUGUUAAUGUAUGACAAUAAUUUAUUCUACGACAAUAAACGUAAUAUUAAUGACGGUUUUCUUCUUAUGAUAAGACAUGAUAUUUUAAUGUCUGUAUGAUAAGGCUGUGGUCACACUGGCUAAUAAAGGGAAUAUGAUAUAUCUAUAAAAAAUGUUUGCUAUUUUAACAAUAAUCUCAAAAAUGUUGCAAACAACAUUUUGAGACAGACAGGUAGUCAAAUUUAACC